AUGAUGCACACUCAACUGGUUGGCAAAGGUCUCCGUAUUUUAGCUUUCCCAUGUAAUCAAUUCGGUAGUCAGGAACCAUGGCCUGAAGCUGAAAUUAAAAAGUUUGUAACUGAAAAGUAUGGUGUUGAGUUUGAUAUGUUCUCAAAAAUCAAUGUGAACGGGCCUAAUGCUCAUCCUCUGUUUAAAUUUUUAAAAAGUAGACUUGAGGGUACACUUACAAGUUCUAUUAAAUGGAACUUCUCGAAAUUUUUAGUAGAUCGUGAAGGUCAACCAGUUAAGAGAUAUUCUCCUACAACUGCUCCAAUUGAUAUCGAAGGUGAUAUUUUGGAGCUGUUAGAAAAGAAGUAG